CUGAGGGGGUAUGGAUUUCAGCGAGUUGGAGAAAGACAAUACAGGCCGCUGUCGCCUGAGCUCGCCAGUGCCCGCCGUGUGCCGCAAGGAGUCAUGCGUUCUCGGCGUCGAUGAAGCGGGUCGGGGCCCUGUGCUUGGGCCCAUGGUCUACGCCAUCUGUUAUUGUCCCUUGACCCGCCUGGCAGAUCUGGAGGCUAUGAAAGUGGCAGACUCAAAGACCAUGUCGGAGAGCGAUCGGGACAGGCUCUUUGCCAAAAUGGAGGAGAACGGGGACUUUGUGGGCUGGGCUCUGGACGUGCUAUCUCCAAACCUCAUCUCUACCAGCAUGCUUGGGCGGGUCAAAUACAACCUGAACGCCCUGUCCCACGAUACAGCUGCUGGACUAAUACAGUAUGCAUUGGACCAGGGUGUGAGAGUCACCCAGGUGUUCGUGGACACAGUGGGGCUGCCGGAGACAUACCAGGAGCGGUUGCAGCAGCGCUUUCCUGGAAUUGACGUGACAGUCAAGGCCAAAGCAGAUGCCCUCUACCCUGUGGUCAGCGCUGCCAGCAUCUGUGCCAAGGUGGCUCGAGACCAGGCAGUGAAGAACUGGCAGUUUGUGGAGGACCUGCAGGACCUGGAUGCUGAUUAUGGCUCCGGCUACCCUAAUGGAGGCUCCAUGUCCUCAUUAUACAAUGAAGGCAGUCUCAUACUCACCUUCCUGCAAACCUCAUGCAGGCAUCAAGGGCAGGUGUGAGGAUUCAGUGGCGGAGCUGGUGGCAGCUCAGGUAGAGCACUUGCCCCGCAUUCACGGGCAGGGCUUUUAUCCCUGCAGUGCAAACAGAAAGAUACAGUGAAGGUUUGGUGGUUGGGUUCAAGGAUAGCUCCAGUCCUUUUGAAGCUGGGUGGGGAGCAGAGCCCCCUCAGGUGAUUAGAAGUCAGGAUGCCUGGUACUUGCCAUGCAGGACUGAGCCCUGGGGAUACAGCAGUAAGUCAAACAUCUCAAGGCCUCACUGAGCUCCUGCCUGUGGAGAGAAUGGGUGUUACAUUGUUGUCCUUGGGGGUCAGAGGCUAUCUCAGAGGCAGUCUCAAGUUGCACCUUGAGCACUGCUCAGCCAGGCACAGAAUGGGAGGGAAGGACCUGCCUGUGCAAAGGGCCUGAGGCACAAAAUGCCCCAAGCACUCAGGAGGAAGUCAAAGGUGAGUGGACCUGGAGCUUGGGUGUUACCUUGAGACUUGGGGACUGCUGUCAUUGCCUG